AUGCGGCCCGAGGUUGCGUCCUCCACGCCCCCUCCCACCCCGGUCUGGGGCAAGGCUGGGCCAUGGAGCGGCUGGGGCCCGGGCGUUCCUGGGCUGGGGCUGCCGGAUCCGCACCUCUCCUCCCGGGGCGCGCCUGCCCUGCGUGCGCGCUGGUGCCCGGGCGCCCGGCUGUCUCUGCGCCGGCAGCCGCGGCGUGUUCCAAGGGCCCGGCUGGCCCAGCUGCGGUGUGGAGCGACGGGGGCCGCGGGGCUGGCUCCGUCGGGAGUGAGGGCGGCGGGGAGGCGGCAGCUGCGGGCGCGAAGCUCCCUUGGCCCUGGCUCCGAGGGGGCCUGUCUCCUCUGCGGAGGACCCCAGGACCCCAGCCUGUGGCUGGACCCGCUCGCUCCCCCGGGCCAGGGACCCCGGUGCGAGCCUUCUCUGCACAUCACGCCCUGCGGGGGCGGAGGUGCCGACCGUGCGCCUGUCCUCGGCCCUGCUCAGCUGUGUGGACGUCUCCCCUGCAGCUCUGGUUGUACACGAGUUCCUCUUCCGAUUUCCAGGUGCUUUUCCGUGAGAGCGGCUCCCCAGCCGUACCUUCAGAGCAUCAGUUUCCUUUUUGUUAUAAGGUGUCUGGAAAUGAAGUAUGGAAAAGAAACAAUGAGGAAAGAUCCAGUUUUCAGAAUCUCUCCAAGAAGAAGUGAAAAUUAUCCAAAUCCAGAAGAGCCAGAAGAAGAAGAUGAAGAUGUUCAAACUGAACGAGUGAAAACUGCAAGUGCACUCACUACUUCCCACUUGGAUGAGAAACCAGUAAUAAUGGCAAGCUGUUUACACAAGGAAUACAAAGAGAAAAAGAAAAGUUGCUUUUCAACAAGAAGGAAGAAAAGAGCCGUUUGGAAUGUUUCCUUCUGUGUUGACAAAGGUGAAGCGUUGGGCUUGCUGGGACACAAUGGAGCUGGGAGAAGUACAUCUAUUAAAAUGAUAGCUGGAGAAACAAAGCCCACCGCGGGAGGGGUGGUUUUAAAUGGCAGCAGAACACCUCGGAAGCAACAGGAAGAUGAUGUCAUCAGGUGUUUGGGGUACUGUCCCCAGGAGAACUCCUUGUGGCCCCAUCUUACAGUCAAAGAACACCUGGAGUUGUGUUUGGCAGUGAAAGGACUGGGCGAAGAGAAUGCUGCUCUUAGUAUUUCAAGGUUGGUGGAUGCACUGAAGCUGCAGGACUAUAGCUGAAGCUCCCCUCAAGGCCUUUCGGAGGGAGUGAAGGGAAAGCUAUGCUUCGCGCUGAGCAUCCUGGGGAGCCCAGCGGUGGCGCUUCAGGACGAGCCAUCGACAGGGAUGGACCCUGAGGGGCAGCUGCACAUGUGGCUGGCAAUUCGGACCAUUGUUAAACACACUGAGAGGGGGGCCCUCCUGACCACCCACUACGCGGCCAAGGCCGAGGCCAUGUGUGACUGCAUGGCCGUCGUGGUAUCCGGAAGGCUGAGUUGUAUUGGUUCCAUUCAACAUCUGAAACAAAGCAAGUUUGGUAAAGAUUAUUUACUAGAAGUAAAAGUAAAGGAACUCACCCAGGUGGGGCCUCUCCACACAGAGAUUCUGAAGCUUUUUCCACAGGCUGCUCGGCAGGAAAGGUAUUCCUCCAUGAUGGCAUUUAAAUUACCUGUCGAGGAUGUUCACCCUCUAUCUCAGGCCUUUUCCAAAUUAGAGGCAGUGAAACAGACCUUUGACCUGGAAGAACACAGCCUCUCUCAGGCUACCUGGGAACAGGUAUUCUUAGAACUCUCCAAAGAGCAGGAGCUGGGAAAUUUUGAUGAUGAAGUUGAUACAAGAGUUAGAUGGAAACUUCUCCUGCAGGAAGAGCCUUAA